CCCUCCCUCCCUGGAUCCCCGCGUUGCUCACUCGCUCUCCCCGCGCACGCUCCGUCUCCGUCAGUCCCCUGAGCUGUUCUAGUGCGCGGCGUGGAGCCAGGGCUCAGGCUGGUGGAGCAGCGGCCGGGGCUGGAGGCUGGGAGUGCGGCGCGCACGGCCUCCCCGCGCCAUUAUCCGCGCUCGCUACGGGCGAGGCCGGCGCCAGGAUGGCAGAGAUGGGGAGCAAGGGGGUGACGGCGGGGAAGAUCGCCAGCAACGUACAGAAGAAGCUGACCCGAGCACAGGAGAAGGUCCUGCAGAAACUGGGGAAGGCGGAUGAGACGAAGGAUGAGCAGUUUGAACAGUGCGUCCAGAAUUUCAAUAAGCAGCUGACAGAGGGUACCCGGCUGCAGAAGGAUCUUCGGACCUACCUGGCUUCUGUUAAAGCCAUGCACGAAGCCUCCAAGAAGCUAAGUGAGUGUCUCCAGGAGGUGUAUGAGCCUGAGUGGCCUGGCAGGGAUGAAGCAAACAAGAUUGCAGAGAACAAUGACCUACUCUGGAUGGACUACCACCAGAAGCUAGUGGACCAGGCUCUUCUGACCAUGGACACCUACCUGGGCCAGUUCCCUGAUAUCAAGUCACGCAUUGCUAAGCGGGGGCGGAAGCUGGUGGACUAUGACAGUGCCCGGCACCACUAUGAGUCUCUUCAAACCGCCAAAAAGAAGGAUGAAGCCAAAAUUGCCAAGCCUGUCUCGCUGCUUGAGAAAGCCGCCCCCCAGUGGUGCCAAGGCAAACUACAGGCUCAUCUUGUAGCUCAAACUAACCUGCUCCGAAAUCAGGCAGAAGAGGAGCUCAUCAAAGCCCAGAAGGUGUUCGAAGAGAUGAAUGUGGAUCUGCAGGAGGAGCUGCCAUCCCUCUGGAACAGCCGUGUAGGUUUCUAUGUCAACACGUUCCAGAGCAUCGCAGGUCUGGAGGAAAACUUCCAUAAAGAGAUGAGUAAGCUCAAUCAGAACCUCAAUGAUGUCCUGGUCAGCCUAGAGAAGCAACACGGGAGCAACACCUUCACAGUCAAGGCCCAGCCCAGAAAGAAAACUAAACUGUUCUCACGGCUGCGCAGAAAGAAGAACAGUGACAAUGCCCCUGAAAAAGGAAACAAGAGCCCUUCACCUCCUCCAGAUGGCUCUCCUGCUGCUACCCCUGAGAUCAGAGUGAACCAUGAGCCAGAGCCGGCCAGUGGGGCCUCACCUGGGGCCACCAUCCCCAAGUCCCCAUCUCAGCUCCGGAAAGGCCCACCUGUCCCUCCGCCUCCCAAACACACCCCAUCCAAGGAGAUGAAGCAGGAGCAGAUUCUCAGCCUUUUUGAUGACGCAUUUGUCCCUGAGAUCAGCGUGACCACCCCCUCCCAGUUUGAGGCCCCUGGGCCUUUCUCAGAGCAGGCCAGUCUACUAGACCUGGACUUCGAGCCCCUUCCACCAGUGGCAAGCCCUGUGAAGGCACCCACACCCUCUGGUCAGUCAAUUCCAUGGGACCUCUGGGAGCCCACAGAGAGUCAAGCUGGCAUCCUGCCUUCGGGGGAGCCCAGUUCUGCUGAGGGCAGCUUUGCUGUCUCCUGGCCCAGCCAGACAGCCGAGCCAGGGCCUGCCCAACCAGCAGAGGCCUCCGAGGUGGUGGGUGGAGCCCAGGAGCCAGGGGAGACAGCAGCCAGUGAAGCAACCUCCAGCUCUCUUCCGGCUGUGGUGGUGGAGACCUUCUCAGCAACUGUGAAUGGUGCCGUGGAGGGCAGCGCUGGGACUGGACGCUUGGACCUGCCCCCGGGAUUCAUGUUCAAGGUGCAAGCCCAGCAUGAUUACACGGCCACGGACACUGACGAGCUGCAACUCAAAGCUGGUGAUGUGGUGCUGGUGAUCCCUUUCCAGAACCCAGAGGAGCAGGAUGAAGGCUGGCUCAUGGGUGUGAAGGAGAGCGACUGGAAUCAGCACAAGGAACUGGAGAAAUGCCGCGGCGUCUUCCCGGAGAAUUUCACAGAGCGGGUGCAGUGACGGAGGAGCCUCUGCAGCCUUCCGGUGUGUGAAGAACCUUUUCCCAAAAGAUGUGUGCUUUUCUUCUCUUUGUUUUUCUUCCUCUCUUUUUCUGUUUUUGUUUUGUUUUGAAACUCUUGAAAAAGUGUCGGGAAAUUGGGGAGCGGAAACCUAAGCCAAGUGGUGUAUACCCCCCAAAGAUGAGGUGGUUUUUCCAAAGAGCCGUCCGAUCCAGUUCAGUGGACUUCUCCAGUGUUCCCGAAGCUGCUGUGUCGCCCCCUAGUUGAGUUCCCGAUGCCCGCAUGUUCAGGGCGGGCCGGGGGUGCAGAGCCACCGCCACACUUGCCUGACGCUUGGCCGUGCCACCGAGCAGGGCUUGGGUCCUCUUCUGGCAGCUGCCCUGGGCAGGGCCUGCACACUGGCCCAGCCUGGUCCCGCUCUGCAGACCAACCGUGUGCUGUUUGAAAAUAAGCCCUAGUGUUCAAAACGCAGCGAAACAAACAAAAACGAAAAAAAAACCUGACAAAACCACCAGAA